AUGGCUAACCCUCCGCCAGUUCGUCCAUGGUCCCGGUUGGCCUCAUUGGGCCCAACGCCAUCGAAACCAUCACCUCAGACUCAACCAUCUCAACAACAAACUCCAACAUCAAGGUUUAAGUUUAUUCUAGGUGCUGCUGGCAGAACAUCAUCGGCACCUUCAUCUCCAGAACAUAAAGUUCCUUCUCCUCCUAAUUCUACUUCAAUGCCGAAUUCGCUGAUUCCUAAACCAUCACAAUCACCAAAAAAUUCCACAACAGAGAACAAUGCUUAUGCCAAUUCCACAGAAUCUCCACAGGGAACAACACCAUCUGUUCAGUCCUAUUUGAAGGUUAACACUGAGGUUCAGCCUACUAAGACAGCAUUGCAAUCAGAGCCAAAAACAUUGAUGUUAGUUCAGAGAGAAUCAGGUGAAAAGCAGAGAGAAACUGCUGAAGCCAAAGAGAAAGGUAUCUUUCACAACAAGAAGCUCUCAGAUUCUGAGAACAAUGGAAGCAUAAGGGUCAUAACAAUUUCUGGUGAGAAUAGAGGAGCUUACAUGGAGAUAAUCCAAUCUUCUUCAAAGAAGAAACCAAACUUUCUUCAUCACAAGAAGGGGAACUCCGAAUCAUCAGAGAAUUAUUCUGCAGAUGGAAAGAACAUGAACAAGAAUAAUCAGAGUGAAAGAACAACAAAAUACUGCUCGAAUUCAUCAAGAAUGAGUAGUGCAUUCUACAUAAACAGCAAUGUGCAGUGUGUGAACAACUCACUUCUCUAUGAAAGCUCUUGCACUUGCAAUGAUCCUGGAGUGCAACUUACUCUCUCAGCAAGGAAACCACAGUGA